AUGCGCACCUCCCGUAUCGCCCGCGAGACCGCCGUCGUCAUGCGUGCAUUGUCGUCGCCGUCGUCCUCGCGGAAAUUUCCAGCUCGACCCGACGACGCUCAAACGCGGAGGGUUUCAGACUCCGCCGCUGCGCCCGAGCAGCGGGAGCAGGAGCGGAACCAGCGCGCUGCUAAGAGCAGUAGCCCACCGUCGAUCAGGCCGGCGGCGAACCACGACAACGGCGCUGCCGACGACCAUGAACGCGGCUCUUCCUCAUCCGAACUCUCCUCCGUGCCUUCGUCCGACGGCGGCGGCGGCGAUUCUCCAGACCCAUUUCGGGGCCAUCGACAAGCGCCGGCAAAACCCACGACCACGGCGUCAUUGUCCUCCUCGACGCGCAAGCGCAAGCGGAGCGGCACAGCACCCGCUUCUGAAACCAAGCCGCCGCCGUCGCCGUCAUUCACCGCAAGUAUCGCCGACUCGUCGCGCGCGCGCACGUCGCCGACCUUACUCGAGCGCGCCGGCGAUGCGCGGGACGGAACGGUCAACACCAGCACAAAGGCGAAAAAGGCGCGCCGGGCCCCCGCAAAGAAGGCGGUCGCCGCGGACGGGUCCGUCAAGGUCGAACCGCCGCCCAAUUGGGAAGAGAUGUACGGCCUAACCGCCGAGAUGCGCUCCCGGGUGGUGGCUCCCGUCGAUACAAUGGGCUGCGAGAGUCUGGCGGACCGGAAGGACUCGCCGCUGGACCAGCGGCUGCAGACGCUGGUUGCGUUGAUGCUGUCGUCGCAAACCAAAGACACUGUCACGUCCGUCGCCAUGAAGAACUUGCAGGACAACCUGCCGGGCGGAUUCAACCUGCGCGCUCUGCUGGAAGUGGAACCGGCGCGGUUGAAUUCUUUGAUCGAGAAGGUCGGGUUUCACAACAACAAGACUAAGUAUAUCAAGCAAACCGCCGAAAUCCUGCGCGAUAAGUUUGACGGGGACAUUCCGGAUACGAUUGAGGGGCUGGUGUCCUUGCCCGGCGUUGGGCCCAAGAUGGCUUAUCUGUGCAUGAGCGCGGCUUGGGGGCGCGACGAGGGUAUCGGCGUGGAUGUUCACGUCCAUCGGAUUACCAACCUGUGGGGGUGGCAUAAGACGCGUAACCCUGAGGAAACCAGAGCCGCGCUCGAGGCAUGGCUGCCGCGAGAAAAGUGGCAUGCGAUCAAUCAUCUUCUCGUCGGCUUUGGUCAGACCAUCUGCCUCCCCGUAGGCAGGAAGUGCGGGGAAUGCACGCUUGCCGAAAAGGGUCUGUGUCCCGGCGCGGUUGUUGCGAAGAAGCAGACAACGGUGAAGAAGGACAGGUCCACUGUCAAAGUCGAAUUAGACGGCGAGACGGUGAAGCAGGAGAUUGUCAAAGAGGUUGCGGUGGAACGAAACGUCAAAGCCGAAGACAUUCCCGAGGCCAGCGUUAUGGAUAUCGAGGAUAUCGGCAAGCCCAGAAGCACACGAUCAUCCAGGAGACGAUGA